AUGGCUGAUAACAGUACACCUUGGGCUUCAAGAUGGACCGUACAGUUUGACCCUUAUUCCGGGUAUGUUAACGAUGAAAGCAGCGCUGACGAACUCAUAAAACAGUACGAGAUACCUACGACGACACGGUUCACUGUAUUUUACAAACAGGAGAAUUUUCAAAUUGCAGUAGGCUGGAAGGAGAAUGCUGAUCACUGCUAUAACAACACCAAACAGCACCUUAUAGUACAGGAUACAAAGAAAUGUGACUGUCCCGCAAAGAUCCACCUAAGGAAAAUAAUCAAGCAUCCUGAAAAUAAGAUUUCAGAGAACACAAAGAGUAGAAGGGAGACAAUGUCAAAAUUUCUGAGAACAUCCCUAGAGUCAGAAAAGAAGCAAACAAUAGCUACAGAGGGGCGUAUUUACAUAUUACUUCCUAAACCUACAGAUCACUUAUUUCACCCCAUGGGGAGGACUGCUGGGCUACUUCAGCCUAUUGAUGAGACACUGGUUAAAAAAAUUCAUGAGCUUGUUGGAAGUGGUGUUAAUUGUGUUUCUGAAAUGCAACGGCACCUGCAUCAUUAUGUAAAGAAGGAACUUUUCACAGGCCAACAGCCUCCAGAUCUAACCAACAGACGGUUCUUCCCAACAAUCAUGGAUAUCAGGAACCACAUGUAUCGUGCCACAGUGGUAUGCAGACAUUCACAAAUUGAUCAAGAAAACCUUGACUCAAAAAUCAAGAAGUGGAAAGAAGAAAGCCCAGAUGAUAAUUUCUUUUUCAGGCCUUACUGCCUUACAAGUGAUAGUGAGUCCUAUCAACAACCACAGUCACUGAAGGAAGAAGACAGCACUGAUGUAAUUAAAAUAAGUAUAGGUGAUCCAUCUAACAACCUCCUCCUUGUUCACCAGACGAAGUGGCAAAGAGAGCUGCUUUUAAAGUAUGGUGGUGAAAUUUGCCUACUGGAUGCAACAUACAAAACUUCACGCUAAUUGCCCUCCCACAUUCUUUCUGUGUGUGAAAACCAAUGUAGAUUACUGUGUUGUUGCUUCUUUUGUGGUUCAGCUGGAAAAUGCAGAUACCAUUAA